AUUUUUCUUAGCUGACGACGGGUGCACUUCACAGAUGAGAGUAGGGCAUCAAGAUCUUCAUAAAACUUAUCCUUUUCUUCAUCCAGAUUCAUCACUGUGGGUGCGUGGGCACUGAUUAGUGUGGCUUGCUUUCCUCUCGGUAGUGGGAGAUGCAGGGUCAUAAGUCGGUCGUUCACGCCCUUGCGAAGACUGGCAAGUGUGUGGACAAGAUGAUUCUUAACCGCAAAGCCAACUCCAGAUUCACGACAUUCAUCACUGCUGCGUCCACACCAAAAGAAUGUGUAACCGCCUCCUAUUUCUGUCAGCUGACUUUCGUUGGCUAGGGCACAAACAUUGAGCAAUGAAUAAAUUACGGCAGAGUUUUAGGAGAAAGAAAGAUGUCUAUGUCCCUGAAGCCAGUAGGCCACACCAGUGGCAGACAGAUGAAGAAGGGGUUCGGACUGGGAAAUGCAGCUUUGCUGUUAAGUAUCUGGGACAUGUGGAAGUAGAUGAAUCAAGAGGAAUGCAUAUAUGUGAAGAUGCUGUGAAGAGGCUGAAAGCUGAAAGGAAGUUCUUCAAAGGCUUCUUUGGAAAAAGCGGAAAGAAAGCGGUUAAAGCAGUCCUGUGGGUUUCAGCAGAUGGACUUAGAGUUGUUGAUGAAAAAACAAAGGACCUUAUAGUUGAUCAGACAAUAGAGAAAGUUUCCUUCUGUGCUCCAGAUAGAAAUUUUGACAGGGCAUUUUCUUACAUCUGUCGGGAUGGCACGACACGGCGCUGGAUAUGCCAUUGCUUUAUGGCUGUGAAGGACACGGGGGAGAGGCUGAGUCAUGCAGUUGGCUGUGCGUUUGCAGCCUGUUUGGAACGAAAGCAAAAGAGAGAGAAGGAGUGCGGGGUGACUGCCACCUUUGAUGCUAGCAGAACCACAUUCACGAGAGAGGGAUCUUUCAGAGUUACUACAGCAACUGAACAAGCAGAAAGAGAAGAAGUAAUGAGACAGUUACAAGACACAAAAGUUGAAACAGAUGUGAAAACAACCACUUCAAGUGUUGUAUCUGGCACUUCAGUCCCAUCUCCAAGUUCCCCAACCUCUCCUACUUCUGAAGCUGUAACUUCUGUUGACAAAGAGUCAAAUAACCCUCAUGCUAUCCCACGAAGACAUGCUCCUAUAGAGCAACUUGCUAGACAAGGCUCCUUCAGAGGUUUCCCAGCUCUUAGCCAGAAGAUGUCCCCAUUUAAACGCCAGCUCUCUCUGCGGAUAAAUGAGUUGCCUUCAACAGUGCAAAGAAAGACUGACUUCCCCAUGAAAAACUCAGUUCCUGAAAUUGAAGGAGAAGUGGAUAGCAUUAGUGCCCUGUGCUCCCAGAUUACGAAUGCAUUUAGUACACCAUCUGAGGACCCUUUCACUUCUGCCCCAAUGACAAAACCAGUCACUACGGUUGCGCCACAAUCUCCUGCUUUUCAAGUUAAUGGCACUGCCUCUGCCUUCAGUGUGCUUGCUGCUAAAUCAACUCAAAGUACUGUAACACCCACAGCAAUGCCAGUUCGUGAAACCAAUCCUUGGGCUCAUGCCCCUGUUGCUCCAGCUGCUGCUAAAACUGGAGCUGCAGCCUCUCUUUCUGGUGCUGAAUGGAGUGAUAACUCGGGAGCUGCUUCACCAAGUAUGUUCCAGGCAAACCACAGACGUACUCCCUCGGAAGCAGACCGCUGGCUGGAAGAGGUAUCCAAAACAAUCCGGUCACAACAACCACAACCACAGCCGCAGCCUCCAGCCCCCCAGCCGCUUCUCCAGCCUGCUGCUGGAGUUUCUCAGGCAGCAGCAGCUUUCCCAGCAAACACCUUUAUUGCACCUCAGCCUGUGCCUGUUGGUGUGGUGCAGCCCAUGCAACCGACUUUUAUCCCAGCUCAACAGUACGCUGUAGCAAAUGGAAUGCCCUACUCAGCUCCCAGCGUACCAGUGGUUGGGAUCACCCCUUCCCAGAUGGUAGCUAAUGUCUUUGGCACUGCAAGUCACACUCAAGUUUCCCACUCUCAUCAGUCACCCAGUCUUAUAAAGCAACAGACUUUUCCUCAGUAUGAAAGUAACAGUGCUACUGCCAGCCCUUUCUUUAAACCUCCAGCCCAGCAGCUCAAUGGCUCAGCUGCUUUCAAUGGUGUGGACCCAGCCAAAUGGCCUGCAGAGGACAAGCAUGUACUGCCGCCUGCAGCUGCUCAGCAGGUUGAUCCCUUUGAAGCACAGUGGGCAGCACUGGAAAGCAAAUCGAAGCAGCGCACCAACCCAUCUCCAACUAAUCCUUUCUCGAGUGAGUUGCAGAAGACCUUUGAGAUUGAACUCUGAGCAGCCCUGUGGCUCAUACUUUGUCUAUGUGUAUGUGUGUUGAGCUUGGACAUAAGGGGAUACAGCAGGGAUUUCCAAGCAGCAUUCUCUAGUUGCCAAUGUCCCUUGACAUCUGAGUGGGCAUACAGGGAGGGAACAAUCAGGAAGAGGGGGAGUGGCUUCCGUUCCUGGCCAUGAAACAACUGGGAAAUAAUCCAGGAAAUGUACCUGCACCACUGGCUUUCCUGCUUGGGAAGCUGAAUGAUAAAGGAAACCUCAGAAGGGCUGAAGAUGGGAACUGAGCCCUGAAGCCCUAUCUCUACAAGAACUUCAGAAGACCUCAUAAGAUGAAAAGCAAAUGACUCACCACUAUCUCUUCUAGAGUGUAUCUACCUUCCUGUGGGUGACCUAUUUCCCUGAGGGGAAGAGAGGAGUAGCAAGAAUAGAGGCACAGUGAUGAAUGGGCUGAAGGGGAGAGCAUGAAAGCUGCUCGGUGUAUGCUGUCAGUGGAAAAGGAUGAGCUUCCAUUUUGAGUAACACAGUGAUUAUUAUAUAUAAAAUAAAGCCAAAAUCUUUAUUUUUAUGCAUUUUAGAUUAUUUUAAAUAGUUCUAGAUAUUAAAAGCGGUUGAGUUGUAAGUAAUCUUGCCAAAGUUAUAAAGGAGGGGGGUUGGAUGUAAAAUUGUACAUAAGAUUGAUUUAUCACUGAUUUUGAUUAUCAGUAAUAUGGGAGUAGGGUGAGGAGCAGAGUUCCUGGCUUGUUCUUGUAUGUUCAUUGUAAGUAGCAUAUUGCAACUACAAUCAUGAAUCAUGACCAAUAAAAAAGAAUCACUAUAGAGUAGUUUAAGAGCAGUAUUGUCUUGGUUUGGGAAAAAAAUCUUUUUUAAAGGAAAUCAAACUAGAUUAUAUUAGAGUACCUAUAGGUUAUUUCAUGUACUCCUGCAGCUUCCUUGUCUUAAAUCUGUUUUAAUACUACUGUGACAACUUAACUGUUAUCAUAUCUACAAUCAGGUUUAUUUGGGAAUCCAUUUUAUGUGCAUUGAAUAGAUUUUAGAGUUUUGUUUUGUUUUUUUAAAUAAAGCUCCCUCCCGCCAUUGUUCAGUGUGAAAGCUUGUGGCUAGACUGCAGCUAUUCCAUGUUCUUCCCCGGCAGAUCAUGAAAUCCAUCUCAUUUUUAAUUUUACACUUAAAACUUGGCCUUACAAGCAAAUGUAAGUUAUAUAUUUGUACUGAUGAUUUAUAAUCUGCUUUAACAGAAAUAAAUGUUGGUAAUAGAUGAUACAGCUUUCUCAGCAGGCUUCCUUGUACUUUUCCUACAUCUUCUACUCUUCAAACUGGGGUUCAGCUGAUAAAUACCUGGCCUACCAAAAUUAGUGUAGAUGUGUGUUGCCAUUUCUAUUUUUGUAAGAUAACUUAAACUAGGAACACUUGUGUCUUCUGGAAGCACAAAUUAACCUUGCUUUAACUGGAGUUCUGAAGUGGUCCAGUAAAUGCUGAUUAUUUUCCCCUCAAGAGUUUAAGUGACUAUGCUCCUAUUAGCUAGUCAGAUGAAGCCGAGGACAAAGGCUGUACAUGAACCCUGUCACCUGGGAUAAAACUCCAGUGCACCUUCUGUCACUUUCCUUUACUGGUCAAUGAAAUGGUUUUAAAAAAUCAGCGGUCUCUGCUAGAGAAAGCUACCAGUCACAAUCAGGUGUAUCUUUAAAAGAUCUCUGAAAAUCCUGGACUAGUAUGACAUGCCUAAAACUGGUGUAACUUACUGUAUGCUACCAAUUCCAGUGUUCCUGAAAUGAGCUGUCUUUGUAUUUUGGAAGGAGAAAGUACUUGUAUAAUCUGUCUGCCAUGCAAAACAAGGGUUCAGUGGAAAGUUUCAGUUGUUGUGCUAAAUGCUGCAGUAUUAAAAACAUUACACUAGGAA